UAUGGCCUCAAAACUCGACGUUCUCCCCGCAUUUUCUUUUAUACAUACCCUAUGCAUAUCAUCACUCACCAACCAUUUUGUAGCUCACUUUCCGCAACCCCACGAUUACCCCAUACCCUAUCCGCGGACCCACUCAAUUGCAUGGAUUCACCAUCCUAUUCGCUCUGCAAAACCCUCAGAGUAGCAACGAUGCACAAUUAGUGUAAUCCUAAAGGAUCUAAGCACUCUGGUUCGAACAGCCUGGCCUCUCAAGAUGCAACUGCAGGUUUCUCAUCGUGAACAACUAUAACUUUUAGCAGAUACCUCUUCCUCUUCAUGUGCCUUUUCGUCUAGUGAACGUGUCGUAGCACUCAGGUGCCAUGGGCCGUUUCUAAACCAGAGCUGCAGAUGACGUAGUUCGCAGCCGAAAAGACACUCUUGGCUAUCUACGCACGUCAUGCGACACACGGUUAUCGUUUAGGUAUGUACACAAGCGUUGCAAUGUAACGGUUAUCAACUUAUCAUGUACUUAUGAAGAGGGGUGUGGAUAAAUUCACGUCGGCUUGCCUGAUACGGUUAGGCGUAAACAUGGAAUAAAGCAGCUCGAAUGCAAGAGAACAGAAAGUCUUCCGAGAGAGAGGGAACCGUAUUUAACAUCGAGAGAAGGUGAGGCGGAAGUGGAAGAUGAGCGUGGGAUGGUAAUGCUUUUCCGGGUCCAGGCUGUGUACAAGGUCCCAAUCGCAAGGUGGAACGACAAACGAGCUUCGGUCGGAUAGAAGGAAGUUCAAUGAUACGCGAUCCAGUGGUAUCAGAACUAUCCGCUUCUUAGAACCCCAUACUCCGGUGAUCUUCGCUGUUGAGUGGAACAACUUUGAGAGUCCCAUACUCUUCUCACCCGGAACUUGCAAACUGUGUAGUUUCUUGGCAUGGUUGAAUGGAAAACGCACCGC